CUGAUUAGAAAGUCUUGGCGACGUCGAUAAGAUAAGAACAUGACUAAGCAGCUGUUAUCUCGAUGAGUCAUCACAUUGACCAAUCAGAGGAAAGAGUCAUGCAGGGUAGGAUUUUUACUUAUAUAAAAGUCUUCCCCGAUGGCGGGGAGAAAGAGACAAACUGGCAAAGUCGAAACAGAAGAGAUUGAGGAUUGCAUGAAAAAUAUCCAGGCUCAUCUUGUUUAAACUGCAAUUGCGUUAUAUUUACCGUUUUGAGAAAGCUUACUCCAAUUUUCGGAGAGUCGGGAUGGGCUCAACGGGGUCGUUCAGCGGACCUCGCAUGUCACUUACCUUCGAUGGAUUGCUCUUCGACUUCGAUGGAACAAUUGUCGAUUCUACUGCCGGUGAGCCGCCUUUGCAUCAUGCAGUCCUUCCCCUCACGUCAAAUGUGCAUUUCCCCCCCAAGCUAAUCAUGCGUUUCUAGCGGUUGUGAAACAUUGGCAUAUGUGAGUCUAGCGCUGCCACAUCCCGCACUUCAUGAGGGAUAAACGCACGCCUUACCCCAACAUGCAUAGUCAUUGUUGUUCUAUUUGAUCGUUCCCUUAUCUAAGACUAUGGUCUGGAAGAAUAGGAAAAGAGAUCGGAGUUGACCCGAAAGUGAUCUUGCAAACCUCCCACGGCAGGAGAAGCAUUGACAUGCUUAAGAUUCUUGCGCCUGAGAAGGCUACUUGGGAAUACGUUAGCAUGAUCGAAGGACGAAUCCCAAAAGACCUUGGUAACGAUGCCACUGAGAUACCCGGCGCUCGACAGAUCCUCACAUCGUUAGAAGAGGCCGGAGCGCCGUGGGCGGUCGUGACGUCUGGCAGCAAUGCGUUGAUUACCGGCUGGCUCGGCGUCCUGCAGCUAGCACACCCAAAGUACCUCGUUGUUGCAGAGGAUGUGCAUGUUGGCAAACCAGAUCCUUCCUGUUACCUGCUAGGUCGUUCUCGGCUUGGCUUGGAACAUAGUGAUUCGAUGCUCGUGAUUGAAGAUGCUCCAUCCGGUGUCCGCGCUGGAAAGGCCGCUGGGUUUAAGGUUCUCGCGCUCGCCACAACACAUGUGGUCGAAGAGCUGAAGGAGGCUGGGGCGGAUUGGAUCAUCAAAGAUCUUGACAGUGCCUCACUCAAGAAGUUCGCCGAUGGCAAGGUUGAGAUAGAAGUUUGGGAUACACUUCAAUAGCGCUUAGCCGCUUCGACAGGGGUCCUGGAGAUAGGGUUAGACCAGGUACCGACGACUGACAUAAUUCCCUUCACACCCUCUAGCUUGGCUGACAUGAACAUCUGCCUUGCGUUGGCUCUCUCAGUGUUUGUUGCUUGUUAGUGAGAUCAACACUUUGUUUUAUAUCCACGCCGUUUUGAUAGACUAGUUUGCUUGCACUAAGGCUAUGCGGUUCUUGGGAAAGGUGUCAUGCACGGCCGAAUUUAAACCAAGAGACUAGGAUAGAAUAGAGUGCCUGAAUCCUGUAGCCCAGUAUACAAGCCCAUACCGGAUACGUCACGCCUUGAGGUCUCGACCUCAUCUUCCCCUACUGCUCUGUACCUGCACAAAUUUCACCUUUUUAAGGGCUUGGGGUAAGUCGCCUGUGAUGCGGAGCCAGUCUGUAUCGUGCUAGAAACAAAAAAGCAAAAGACCAGUUGAGCGUCGUGCUAGCUAGCGUACAUUCCCUCGUCACGCAAAACCGAUGUGAUGGAAUUCCGCGUACGCCUUAAUUGCUGUGGCAAGGGUACAACAGAACUGAGACGCCCGACCUUUUGCC